CUUCUCAAUUAGGCGUUGGACACAAGCUAGGUACUGGUGAAUUAACAGGAACAUAACAUUCACAAGGUAAUUAGUAUGUACUGUGUGAGUACUGGACUUAGGGUUAGGGCUUUUGUUAUUGGAAACGGUUUGGGUGACACUCUUAUUUUGUUAGCACAAUAAAACGGAAGUGCUCUUGUAUUGAAGGGCGGAAGUGUGUUGUGUGUCGACAACGAGUGAUGAUGGCUUCAAAGCUUGUGCUGAAUGUCCUCUGAGCCCUAAAUUAUCCUAAAAUACCUUCAAUAAAUCAGACGUGUGACAUGUUGGCUGAUUUGAAUCAAGAGGUUUACUCCUAGGAUCCCGAAGUCCUCUUCAGGCAUGGACAACAGUCCGGACUUGACCAUGAAGCACCUGAGGAGGCGUCUGAACCAGCUGGGCUACACGCAGCACCUCGGAGUUGACUCCGUGCCACUGGUUGCUAAAGUGUUCAGCGAUCUGGUGCACACCACUGUUAGCCUGCGCAACGCUAAGCUGUCUGCGGGCAGGACGGACAGAGACCUUGGUGAUGGACAACUGGAGACAUCCGGCAGGACUCUUAAUCCUCGUGUGUCCAAGGCAUUGGACCGUGGAGACCACAUCAGCCCAGGUGUUGCUGUGAGACAUGAGAGCACACAGACUGAUGAAGACUUUCCUCCUCCUCCUCGUCCUGCAUCAAGGCAGCUGGAUGACGGGGAGCAAGAUGGCGAGGCGAACAGGAGGGUCUUCCAGACGCCGCAGGAAGUCAGCGACGACAUGUCAACACGGCGAGUCACUCAACUGGAGGCGCACACGGUUGCCAUGGAGAUGCAGAUGAAGGAGCUGCAGGAGAGCAAGUGGGUGCGGGAUCAGGAGGUGAAGGUGCUGCGGGACAAAAUGGCCGCCCUGAUGUCACAGGCGCAGAAAGCGCUUCGAAAGCUGUCACGCAAGGACGCCAUCGUGUGCCGGCUGCGGCGGGUCAACCGGCACGUGAGGGACAUGGCAUGGAGGAAGCUGUCUGCUUCCAAAGACGUUGUUCUGCGGCAACAGGAAGUCAUCAAAGACUUGGAGGAUAACCUCACUAUAAUAAAAGAUGGGGUGUCUGAGAAGGAGGGUCCUCUCAGGGAGCAGUUGGAGGAGGUGAGAGGACAGAACGACAGACUUGAGGAAUUGGUGAAGUUGCUGGAGGACAAAGUGGCCAAGAUGAUGGGGACAGACAGAGACUUGAUUCUGGAGUUGGAGGCCAUGCGUGCCAAACAUGGCAUCUGUGGAAGAGUGAACGGCGUGAUAAAGCGUCAGGAAGAGGUAGAAUAUUCCAGAAAAGUCAAAGAGAGGAGUCGCACCUCCAGUCCCAUUCAGGGCAGGAAGGUAAAGUUUGUCCUAGCGGCCACUUUCCAUACAGAGAGUAGCAGAUGGAUGUAAAUAUCUAAUUAUGAACGUGCAAAUGACAGCAUCAAUAAUCAUGUUGUAUGAUCAUUAGCAUAUUUGUUGCAUUGUUUGUACUUUACGGAUGCAGGAUCAUGACCAUACAGUCUUAACUUUGCUGUGUUCUCAGCCGCAUCGUCUCGUGGUGAAUGACACACGGCAUGUGUUACAUUAUGGGAUGGCGGCGAAGGAAGCUUCACCACAUUUGCAAAGUUGAUUCAAAUACAAAGGAAAAGGAAAGCAUGUCUAAAUUGUCAUCAGGAAAUAAUACCAUAAAAACCUGUUAAAAGUACUAACUUACUACUGACUUACUAGUCACUUACUACUAUAACAGGAGUCGCAACCAAAGCAAACAGUAGUUUUCCUUUUAUAAUUACCUUUAGCGGGUAUAAUUACCUUCAGCGCAGGGGUCUCAAACUCGCGGCCCGCGGGCCAAAUGCGGCCCGCGAGACGCUAGUUUGAGGCCCCCACCUUGAUACCAAAAUUUAAUGUUGAAAUGACAGCUUAAAGCUGUGUGCACACCGGACACAAUUAACAUGAUUUUGCCCCGCCCAUACUGUUACCCUACCCUGUUACCCCGCCCUGUUUUGCUUUGGAUUAGCAAUGAAGCUAAAGGCUUAUGACGCUGGGUACAAAUAAAUGCAGGAAAUGAUUUGGAAUAAAAACGGAAAAUACACGUCAAGAUAAAGCAUCUCAUCAAACAUGUUGUUAAAGUUACCACGCUGCUCCCAGAUGGAACUGAGUGCUAACGAUGCUAACUUGCUAAUUGGGUCAAAUGAUUAAGUUUCAUUAAUGUUCACGUUAAAGGUUAAAUAACUGUUAAUGCUGUACAUUUCAAUCUGAAAAAAAUAAUUUCUCUACCAACUGUAUGUGGUUUCUUACGUUUUUCUUAUGUGCUGUUUUAUUAUUGUUUUACUUAUUUAUUACUGAUUGAUUGAUUUAUUGUCUUUAUUCUUAAUUUGUUUAUUUUUUUUAUUUAUUUUGUGUAUAGAAAAAUAAAAAUGAAGAUAUUUGAGAACAGUGGAAUGUUUUAUCAGAUAUUUUGGUGUGGAAAACCGGAACCAAAGUACUGAAAAAGUGUAGGGUAUAGCAGAAGUAAAAGCAUUGAAGAUAGUUUUUUUUAUUGAUUUUUUUAAUAAAUGCGUUUUGUUUUUUUUGUUUUUUUUUUGAAAACCUGAUGCGGCCCGGCUUCACCCAGAACCUAGCUCCAGUGGCCCCCAGGUAAAUUGAGUUUGAGACCCCUGCUUUAGCGGGUACAAUUGCCUGUUGCAGAAAUUGUGAACUGCAGCGGGUAUUACCUGUUGUUAUUACCAUAACCAGUGUUAUGACCCAAUGAAGGAGAUGUCUUUCCAUCCAUGAGGUUGUGAUGGAGGUUCAUGAGCAGGUCAGUGUGUCUUCAGAUAACUUUUGAAUUGUAACAGAAAUAAAAAAUAAAUAAAUAAAUAAAACUUUACUUGGUGGACACUUUAUGCUAUCUUGCGGACAAGGUUGGUACUGCACCGACCCGAGAUGGCUCGAACUUGGGUUCGGAACACGCUCCAAACUUUCCUCCAAGCCAUACUGUAUUUACUCGGAGGAACAUACUCCUGCAGCUUGUCUCACCGGAGACACCUUGCGGUCACAGGUGAUAUUGCACCAAAAAUGGUCUAAACGUGUUCCUACGUGAGCUCUCCCUGCAGGACGGUUUUAUCUAGUGCCGCUUUGGACCUCUUCAAUUUAAAGUACAGGUCUAGUGUAUAUAUGGGCUAUUCCUACUGUAUUGGUGUCGUGAAUAUACAUUCAUAAUAUUUUUAGUGAUUAAAAAUAUAUAAUUCAAUUUGUGAUUUUUUUUUACCACACAGAUGAAAAUGGAGGGGAACUAAUGGGUGUGAAGGUGAUUAUUCAUUAUAUUAUUUUAGUUUAUUAUACUCAUCUCAUAGUUUGGCUUGUUACACCCACAUGUCCGGAUAUAGACCACACAUCAGACUGAUUACUUUUAUUAUAAACCGUUUACUGGUUUAGUUACACACAGAUAUGGAACAAAGAGUGUCCCCAUGAGUUACGGGAUGGGGGGGGGGGGUAUCUCUUGCAGUUUGUUUACAGGUCAGGAGGUCACCAGCGGCAUCCACCUACAGGAGGAUUUGGGGGCCCUUCUGGGUCUGGACAACAUCUACCGCUGACCAGGGCGGUGGCAACUUCUUAUUGGCCAGCCGAUGCGUAAAAACGCAUCCCGGGCAGGGAGAGAAGGGGCUUUUUGCAGCUGCGCUGUUCUAAGACCCGCUUAAAUGUAGGCCGACAGGGACGUCUGUAUUAGGAUUGCGGUGUCAGGAAUACAUUUUGGGAAUAUUCUAUCUUGGUUUGUGUAUUGAUCUCUCCCACCCUCCACUCGACACCCACCAGGAAGUCACCUCGAAGUACAGGGAGGCUGUGAGUUUCCUUCAGGUGGUACCUUCAAAAUCACCUUGACCUUGACCUUAGCACAGCAUGCAUCUUCAGGUGGAAGACGUGUGUAUUACGACUAACUCAUGUAGUAAACGACUGAUGAAGUUGGAGUUAAAGACUCCGCUGAUGAGCGGCCGUUACUGACAUCGUCAUAUGGAAUGAUAAUAAAUCUAUUAAUGGAACGAUAAAACGAGGUUUAUCAUUUUGCCGACUUCAUCUCGUCGUACCACAAAGGUUGGUUGACAAGGGGGUUCACUCUGCAUGUGUCUGAAAAUAAUCGAUAUUGAUCGAUACAUUGAUGUGCAGUGCAAGUACAUCACCUCAUUCAAUGGGUACGGAUGCAAUUGACGGGUGAAAUCUAGAUUCAUCGCGACGCGUUUGUGGGCAUCGGUAAAAUCCGAUGAAAGCACCAUUUUAUUAAUGUUCAACUUCACCCCAUAUGCUGUUCCCAAGGUGCCAUGAAUGCACCAUCAUCACCCAGAACAGCAGUUGGCUUCUUCCUGAAUUGUGAAACAAUUUUAAAACGGUAGAAGUUGUUUUCCACUUUCUGCUCCUCACUACUGUAUUAGCCUAGCUGCUAGCUCAUUCAUAUUAGCAGCAUGUUUAGCAGAUAGGAAUAUAAACAAACAUUGAUUCCACUGUUGAAAACUUUAACUUUGUUGUUGCUGCAUACUGUAUUUUUUUACAGCAGUAAUUAAUGUUUAAUUGUUUUAGUCCACCACUGAACCACUGCUAUUGUAAUUACAUAGUCCAUGUGAAAGUGGGAGGAAAGUUGUUGCUUUUUUUUAGAUGGCAAAAAGAAUGAUGAAGAAGUGGUGCAUAGUAAAAAAGACAAACAGCACUUUAGUAGAAUUUACUGCCAAGUGCCUAGAAGGAAUAAAGCCAAAUCCUUUUUGUAGGACCAUACUGAAUUCCAUUUUUUCCCUUUGCUUAUUUGCAUCAUGUUGAAUUACAUCAUAUCGCAAGAAAUUGCAGCAUAUCAUAUCAGAUUGCAUUGAUUUGAACUAAAUAAUUAUUGCAUCGCAUCAUGAAGAGGGUGAAUCGUAUGGCCAGAAAAUUCCAUGUAUGGUUAAAGUAUGGUAUCGCUGGGAAUGCAUGGAGAUGUAUAUCGAAUCUUCCUCAGUGCUGAGAUUCCCACCUCUAGUCUGUACGCAUUGGUUCUAUCGUGGAAUGAACGGAGAGAGUGAACCAUCCUGUCAGCCAUUCAGCCUCUUUGUCCCAGUACAUGGAGGCCGGGCUACCGAUCAGCUAGCAUCAAAUGCUAAUAUGAAUGACUGUUCUGAGUUUCAGCUCCAGUGUGGAUGUGCAGCAGAGCCUUCGUCCCACGCUGGGAGUGAAUCGUGGAGGAAAACGAUACAAGCUAAUAUGGUGGCGCUCACAGACCAUGUUGCUGGCUACAUUGCAAAAGUAAUGCGAGAAAAGUGCAAUAUUAGACUGUUGGAUUGGGACACUAAUGAGGUCUAGAUCGACCAGUAGAGCUGCUGUGUCAACCCCGGAGUAACUAAGUAGACAGGCAAGUAUAUAAGUAAGUACAGUAAACCUCGGAUAUA